CGACUAUUCAUGUGACAGUUAAGUGCUACAAAUCAGUUGGCAGCACUCGUUUCAAUGUUCGUGUCGGCCGGCCGGAAUUUAGCUGGACUUUUUCGUUAUCGCAGCAUUUCAACUACCUGCGCCAGAAUGGCAAAUGAGGUAGAGAAGGCGCAGAGCGCUGCAGCAUCUGAAGACACAAUUUUCGGCAAGAUUUUACGCAAGGAAAUUCCAUGCACUUUUAUCUACGAAGACGAGAAAUGUGUGGCCUUCAAUGAUGUUGCACCUCAAGCGCCAACCCAUUUUUUGGUUAUACCACGCAAGCCGAUUGCGCAGCUCUCCACAGCCGAAGAGGGAGACGCCGAGCUUUUGGGUCAUUUGAUGAUGGUGGGCCGGAAGGUGGCUAAGCAACAGGGCUUGGAGAAGGGCUAUCGUGUGGUCAUCAACAAUGGGCAGCACGGAGCCCAGUCCGUCUAUCAUUUGCAUUUGCACUUCCUGGGCGGCCGCCAAAUGCAGUGGCCACCAGGCUAAUGAUGUCGUCUUGAAUCAAACCAGAUAAAAACGAUUUAAGAAAAUAAAUACACCUUAUUAAAACUAAAA